AUGAUUCCACCCAUUUUCUCUGUCUGUCUAUCUAUCUUACUCUCUUUCUUUCUUUCUUUCUCUCUCUCUUUCUCUCUUUCUCUGUCACUGCUUCCUCUCUCACUAUUUUCUCUCUUUGCCUUUUCUGUUUAUUUCUUCUCUCUCUCUCUCUCUCUCUCUCUCUCUUCAUUUUCCUUCUUUUCUCUUUCAUCGUCUACGUUUCUCAUUUAUUUUCUCUCUCUCUUCUGUUUUCUUCCCUCCUUUUUCUUCUCCCCUUUCUCCUGUUUUGUCUUCUUUUCUUCCUCGCUUCUCUCUCUUCAUUUUCCUUCUUUUCUCUUUCAUCGUCUACGUUUCCACAUCAUUUAUUUUCACUCACGCUAUUUCUCUCUUCCUCUGUUUUCUUCCCUCCUUAUUUUUCUCUUUCUCUCCCCUUUCUCCUGUUUUGUCUUCUUUUUUCUUCCUCGCUACCCCCCUCUCUUCAUUUUUCCUUCUUUUCUCUUUCAUCGUCUACGUUUCCCACAUCAUUUAUUUUCCUCACGCUUUCCUCUGUUUUCUUCCCUCCUCUCUUUUCUUCUCUUUCUCUCCCCUUUCUCCUGUUUUGUCUUCUUUUCUUCCUCCUAUUUCUCUCUCUCUCUUCUUCAUUUUCUUUUCUCUCUUUUCUCUUUCAUCGUCUACGUUUCCACAUUUAUUUUCCUCACGCUAUUUCUCUCUUCCUCUGUUUUUCUUCCUCCUUAUUCUUUUUCUCUUUCUUCCCCUUUCUCCUGUUUUGUCUUCUUUUCCUCCUCUCUCUCUCUUCAUUUUCCUUCUUUUCUCUUUCAUCGUCUUUUCUCAUUUAUUUUCCCCUUUUCUCUCUGUUUUCUUCCCUCCUUACUUUUUUCUUCUCUUUCUCCCCUUUUCUCCUGUUUUGUCUUCCUUCCUCCUUCCCCCCCCUCUCUCUCUCUUCAUUUUCCUUCUUUUCUCUUUCAUCGUCUACGUUUCCUUUAUUUUCUUUUCUCUCUUCCUCUGUUUUCUUCCCUCCUUAUCUUUUCUUCUCUUUCUCCCCCUUCUCCUGUUUUGUCUUCUUUUCUUCCUCGCGUUUUUCCACAUCAUUUAUUUUCACUCACGCUAUUUCUCUCUUCCUCUGUUUUCUUCCCUCCUUACUCUUUUCUUCUCUUUCUCUCCCCUUUCUCCUGUUUUGUCUUCUUUUCUUCCUCUCUUUUUUCUUUUUUCUUUCAUCGUCCCACAUCAUUUAUUUUUUUCUUCUUUCUCUCUUCCUCUGUUUUCUUCCCUCCUUACUCUUUUCUUCUCUUUCUCUCCCCUUUCUCCUGUUUUGUCUUCUUUUCUUCCUCGCUACCCCCUCUCUCUCUCUCUUCAUUUUCCUUCUUUUUCUCUUUCAUCGUCUACGUUUCCACAUCAUUUAUUUUCACUCACGCUAUUUCUCUCUUCCUCUGUUUUCUUCCCUCCUUACUCUUUUCUUCUCUUUCUCUCCCCUUUCUCCUGUUUUGUCUUCUUUUUUCUUCUCCCCCCCCUCUUCUCUCUUCAUUUUUCUUUUUUUCUUUUCAUCGUCUACGUUUCCACAUCAUUUAUUUUCCUCUCUUCCUCUGUUUUUCCCUCCUCUCUUUUCUUCUCUUUCUCUCCCCUUUCUCCUGUUUUGUCUUCUUUUCUUCCUCCUUACUCUCUUCAUUUUCCUUUUUUUCUCUUUCAUCGUCUACGUUUCCACAUCAUUUAUUUUUUCACUCACGCUAUUUCUCUCUUCCUCUGUUUUCUUCCUCCUCUCUUUUUCUUCUCUUUCUCUUUUUCUCCUGUUUUGUCUUCUUUUUUCUUCCUCAUACCCCCUCUCUCUCUCUUCAUUUUCCUUCUUUUCUCUUUCAUCGUCUACGUUUCAUUUUAUUUUCUUCUCUCUUCCUCUGUUUUUCUUCCUCCUUAUUCUUUUCUUUUUUCUCCCUUUCUCCUGUUUUGUCUUCUUUUCUUCCUUUCUCUCUCUCAUUUUUCCUUCUUUUUCUCUCUUCAUCGUCUACGUUUUUUUUAUUUUCUGUCUUUCUCAUUCUCUUCUUUUCCUCUUCAUUUUACUCUUUCUUCUCUUUCUCUUUCUCCUUUUUGUCUUCUUUUCUUCCUCUAUAUCUUCUCUCUCUCUUUCUCUUUUCGUUCCUUUUCUUUUCUCUCUCGCCAUUUUUUUUUUUUCUCUUUCCUUUCUGUUUGGUCUUUUCUUUUUCAUUCUUUAUCUUCCUUUUCGCCCUUCUCCCUCUCUCGCAUUUUCUCGACCUUUCUCUCUCACGCUAUUUUCUCUUUCUCUGUCUUUCUCAUUCUCUUUGUUCAUUUUUCUUUCAUUCUCUGUCUUUUCUAUCUUUUCCUUACUCUAUAUAUUUCCUCAUUUCCUGCGUUCCUUUUUCUGUCUCUCCUUAUAUUUUUCUUUUUCUCUCUUUCUCUGUUUGUCUUUCUUUUCAUCUAUGUUUCUUUCUCACGUCAUUUUCUCUCUUUCUCUUUCUUUCUUACUCUCUUAUUUUUGUUUCCGUUUUCUUUUUUCUCUAUCUAUCUCCCUUUCUUUCUUUCUUUCUUUCUUUCUUUCUUUCUUUCUUUCUUUCUUUCUUUCUCAUCUAUAAAUAUAACACCAAGUUCGUAUAUAUAUAA